UUGUCAUCUCGCGCUACAGAAGAGAGCAUCAUUUGUUUUCACCUUAUUUCUUAUGAGAUUAAUUGCGAAAUGUGCCUAAUAGUUGUGAGUUAGUGCUCAUUAUUAUUGAUAAAUAAAUGGAACUGGAUGCUUAGCGAUACUUAGAUCGUAACAGAAUGCUUGUAAGGUAGCAAGAAAUUUAAUCACACGCCGAAGAGUGAGAUUAAAUGUAAUCAUGUGAUAAAUUCCUUCAAAAAUGGGCAGUUUACCAAAUUUGCACGAAUUAGGAAAAGACGCCGAAAAUGGUCCUUCGCCUUAUCGGCCUGGUCCCGCAUUGGGCCAUCUUUGUAGUGGUGGCAACUCUACAUUAUCUCAAGCUGAAAAAUCUAAAAUUUUACACCGCUAUUCAGGCCAUGCCAGGAUAACUAAAGCUAGAAGCAACGGCAACGAUUCCAAAAUAGUCUGCGAUGACUUUAUGCUAGAGCAUAUGGCCACAUAUUCGCCAAUUUCCAACCGAUCAACUCGGAAUUUAACUCACAACAUCAGACGCCGCGACUCAUUGAACAGCUCUAUAGGGGCAACUUCAGUGCGUCGUUUGAUCGCCGUGGUGCGCUCCAACACCCAUCACAACACCCAGACGAGACAAGGUCCACCGUACUCCCGCAGACUUCUGCUAUCGAAUUUGGUGGUUUUGUGCAUAACGCACCUGAUUAUCACUGCCGCAUUCUUGCCUUUCCUCGCACUUCAAACAAGUGUUUCGGUAUGGACGAUGCCUCUAGGGCAUUACUUCAAACCCAUCAAUAUCAACAUUGGAUCUAUACUACUGGCCAUCGUUCACUUCUUCGCCGCCAUGUCGUCUAUCUUUGGUCCUUCUAUCGUGCAAAAACUAGGAACUAACGUCGUUUUCUUCUGUUCGUAUCUCGUGUUUGUGGUUUUUUACGCUUCACAUCUUUAUCCGUCAUUGUAUGUUCUUAUUCCCGUCGCUAUACUACUCGGUUUGGCUCUAGGGCCUUUGGUUUCGUCACAGAUUACGUUUUUGAUGACGCUUUCGGCAAAGAUCAAUUACAUGUUUUCUGAAGAGGAUGAUGAUUCGAAAGCGUUAAGAAGAACGUGUAUCAUAAGGAGAUUAGCGCGGGCGUUCCAAGCUGCUCACGAUUUUGGACUUAUAGUUGGGUCAGUUUUAUCUGCGCUACUUAUUACUUACACUGUCAAUAUUAACAAUCAAGAAUAUGGUGAUAUUUUCGAUAAUUCGACGUCGGUGAUGGAUAAAAAUCAAACUGAAAGUUGCAGUAAUUUGACUUUAGAAAUAAAUUGCACAAGGGACAAAAAUUCUCUUUCGUACAACAUCUACGACUACAAUGCCUUCCUCGAUGACAUAUUUGACACCUUCGAAGGGACGAGACUAUGUGGAGCUCAGGCGUGUCCUCCAAAUUUUCUUCUCCAUUUCAACAUGUCGGAAGAAAGUUAUUUUCAUGUGUUACCGAAGAAGAGUUCGACCGUUUUGGCUGUGGUGUACGCAGGGCUAUGCUUCGUUGCGGCGAUGGCCAGUGCUGUAGGAUUGGACAGAAUUCGAAUCUAUGUCUAUCAAGAUCCUCUGGAAAGACCAGAAGGAUUAGCGGCCUUAAGAGCGGUGAAGGAAUCUUUCAAAGAUGUGAGGCUGCAAAUGGCAGCACCGUUGGCUUUAUUCAUCGGGUUGGAACAGGCGUUUAUCUAUGCAGAUUUUAGCAAGUCUUAUGUCGUUUGCACUUUGGGCAUCCACCGUCUGAACUUGGUUUUCUUAUCAAUGGGUCUCCUGCAAUCUAUUGCUGCUUGCACUCUUAGUAUGCUUCUGAGAACCAUUAGAAGAUACUACGUCGUGGCCGUAGGCUUUACGUUCCACGCUUGUUUAUUGAUGGUUCUAAUACUAUGGAAGCCUAUAGAAGAUGAUCCUGCCCUUUUUUAUGUCAUCUCAGCGGCUUGGGGUGUCUGCAAUGCCAUUUGGGAAAUGUUAAACUUCACUCUUUUGACUGGACUCUACAGCGACAACUGGGAGUCUGCGUUUGCCAAUUCGGCUUUCUUCCGUUUCUUGGGGUUGAGUAUAGCGUUUGCGUUUCAUGGGGUCCUCUGCAAUUACUACAAACUCUACGCCCUGGGCUUCUUCCUUUUGACAGCAGUCGUUCCCUUUGUUUGGUUGGAAGUUCGACUGGAGAACAUGCGCAAAGUCAAAAAUAUCAUUCGGUUAUGACCUAAACUUAACAUUUGGUGAUUCCUCAUUUAAACAUAUCAUUCACAUUUGACGUCACUUUGAAUGUGAUGUUUGUACAUAUUAAUAUUAAAAAAAGGUUGUUAUAACACCUCUUCAAUGUAUAUAAAAUUGUUUACUUCCACAAAUAAAAUCUCAGUAAGAAAACUAUAACGUUAUAUUUAAAUUUAAUAAUUAAAUACACAUC